CGCUCGCAGUUCAAAAACGACCGUCGAGAUGCCCGUAUGUUCGACGUCGAUUUUUUGACGCGUCGGGACGCUUUACGAAGUCGCGGAAUUGACGGUCCUCGACGCGAUGGUGUGCCACUGCUGUGAAAUUUUUGCCUUUUUGUUUGUGCGAGUUUGAGAGUGAAUUUUCGGUAUUUUGUUGUUAUUGUUUGUUCUUUUUGAGGGAGAUACGAUGGAGCGACAACAGUUUUGGACGUGUUUUAUCUUAGGAUUGUGGUGGUUCGGUGCGGUGGAUGCCGGAGGGUCAUCGGGGAGUUAUUACGGUGCUUAUCGAUCUCCGAGGAUAACCGAACACCCUUCGGACAUCAUCGUCGCCAAAAACGAACCUGUCACGUUAAAUUGUAAAGCAGAAGGCAGACCUGACCCGGUAAUCGAGUGGUUCAAAGAUGGGGAACCCGUGAAAACCUCCCCGUCGGAUAACAAGUCGCACAGGGUACUGUUGCCGACAGGUUCCUUGUUCUUCCUGCGAACGAUGAAUAGCAAAAAGGAGCAAGAUGCAGGCGUUUAUUGGUGCGUGGCCAGGAACAAAGCAGGAACGGCGACAAGCAGAAACGCCACACUACAAGUUGCAGUAUUACGUGAUGAAUUCAAGACUGUACCGACUGACACUCGAGUAGCCUUAGGCGAGACAGCUUUGUUACAAUGCGGUCCACCCAGGGGAUUCCCAGAGCCUACCCUGGUUUGGAGAAAAGACGACAUAGAGAUGGAAAUCGAUGGAAAACGAUUGCGGAUCGUUGAUGGAGGCAAUUUAAUGAUAUCGGACGUACGUCACCACGAUGAGGGGAAGUAUCAAUGCGUCGCUCACAAUUUAGUAGGCUCAAGGAAGUCACCAGAAGCUACACUGCGUGUCUAUGUCAAACCAAAAUUUAUCAAGGAACCUCAAGAUGUGGAGGCCCUAGCAGGUCAAAGAGUUGUCUUUAAGUGUGCAGUAGAUGGCGAUCCAGUUCCUAACGUCGUUUGGGGUAAGGAUGAUGGAAAGAUGCCCCUGGGAAGGGUUUCAGUUCUAGAAGAUUCCCUUCAAAUAGAAAAUGUCCAACCUGCAGAUGAAGGCUUCUAUGUUUGUAAAGCUGAGAAUGAAGUUGGAAGCAUCACUGCUAAGGCCUCUUUGGUAGUCAAUUCUCCGCCGGUAUUCGUCGAGAAGCCCAAAGAUCAAAAAGCUUCUCUAAAUGGUGUUGUGGAAUUUCAUUGCUCGGCGAAUGGAAACCCGAAGCCUUCAAUGUUCUGGAGUAAGGAAGGUUCGCAAAUACUGAUGUUCAGCGAUAAUUCUAAUGGACAUAUGCAUGUCAAUGCUCAUGGUACCCUAAGAAUCCAGGGGGUCCAGAGGGAAGAUGCUGGAUGGUUAAUUUGCAAUGCCCUAAGCGUGGCUGGUUCUAACAGUGUUAGAGCCUUUCUCCAAGUCACUUCUGUGGCUGAUCUUCCCCCACCCAUCAUCCAGAUCGGACCAGCAAACCAAACGUUACCACUGAAAAGUGAUGUCACUCUUCACUGUAAGGCUUUUAGCCCUGAAGGAGACUCACCGGUGGUUCGAUGGUUGAAAGAUGGUCAACAUCUCACCAAGGACACUGUACCAAGCCGGUACAGCCUUAAGGAAGGUGGUACCUUAAUAAUCGAUGAUCUACGAUUAGAGGAUUCAGGGUUGUACACCUGCUCGGCUACAUCAACCAGCGGCGAAAGCUCAUGGUCUGCAUCGUUAAACGUUGUCGAAGGUACAGGAACUCCAUUGCAUCGCAGCCCAGAUCCGUCCACCUUUCCCAAGGCCCCUUCAACUCCAAAAAUUCUAAAUGCCACGGAAUCCAGUGUGAGUUUAUCUUGGGAUCCUGGAGAAUCAGAUAGUACUUUAGUCGGAUACACCGUUGAGUACUGGAGUCCGGAUCUGCAAACGGGAUGGGUUAUCGCUGCUCACAGAGUCCAGGCACCCUACAUGGUGGUCAGAGAACUGAAACCGGACAGUUCGUAUGUCUUUAUAGUACGUGCCGAGAAUGCCCACGGUAUUUCCCCCGCCAGCAAAGUGUCUCCGUCCGUACGAACUCUCGCCAACUCCCGCACAUUCCCCGGCUCAGAACUGGACACGGCCAGAGAAGCUCUAAGCACGAAGCUGAUCGAACUACGAGACGCCCGACCCCAGAGUUCCAGUUCCGUGCGCCUAGUCUGGCUCCUCUCCGCAGUGGACUACGUCGAGGGCUUCUACAUACGCUUCAGAGAACUGUCCGGUGGUUCCCACAACUACAACAUCCUAACAGUACUCAACAUCGAGACCACCUUCUAUACCGUGACGAAUCUGAAGAAAUUCACCAAAUACGAAUUUUUUAUAUCGCCUUUUUACAAGUCUGUUGAAGGACAGCCAUCGAACUCCAGAAUAGCGCAGACGAUGGAGGAUAUACCUUCGGCACCGCCAGAUACAGUGAGCGGGGGGAUGUUUAACGAGAGUACUGGGUGGGUUAGGUGGUCUUCGCCACCUCCACAGCACUGUAACGGUGUCAUCGUGGGGUACAAGAUUCAGAUUAAGGGUGGAGUUACGCGGACUAUAGCUAUGAACGCUUCUACCACUUCCGUUUUGAUUAGUAAUCUUACAGCUGGCGAACUGUACAGCGCUAGGAUAUCAGCCAUGACCACGGCAGGACAAGGUCCCUAUUCAAAUCCAGUGUCUCUAAGCGGCUCCAGAUCACAGAGUCCCAGAACUCUAGGUCCUCUGGUACCAUUAGUGCGACAGUCGUGGUUUGUGGUGGUUCUGGCUCUCUUAGCUGUCGGAUUGGUGGUCUUGACUGGUGUAAUGUUCUAUAUCAAGAAGAAAAAGUCCGUGAACAAGGACAUAAGUCACUUGGAUGGACCAGUGGUCAGCGCGUCACAACUGAACGCCAAAGAAAGUCUCUGGAUAGAUAGAGGAUGGAAAGCUACAGAUUGUGACAAAGACUCAUCAGUCCCCCUGGCUCAGCCUACUGACUACGCCGAAGUGGACACAAAGAAUCUUUCCACUUUCUACAACUGCAAAAAGGACCUGGAUAAUCCUACCCCGUACGCCACCACCAUGAUCCUACCUCCACCCAGUUGGUCAGAGAUAAUACCCCCACCACCUGAUCACCCUCCUCCAGAUUGCCCUAGGGAGCCACCACCAUGCCCCCCAUCCAGAGGUGGGGGGAGCAGCUGUAGCAGUACCGGAUACACUUGUUAUGCCUUGCACUUGCCCAAUCCCUAUAGCAAACCAGUGGCGUUCCCACGGGCACGUUCCUGUAACAGUUGCUCUGUAGCGAGCGGCAGUAGUUCCGGUAGGCCGUCCAGAGGCCACUGCUCUCCAGAAUCCAUCCAGGUGCGAAAUUGUGAUACAAAAGCCUGGUAUAAUCAGCCCACUGCCAGUUGGGACGAUGGAGGGGGCGAUGCGGACUGUGAAUUAGACAGAAAUUCCUAUUCUAGCAGUCACGAUACCACGUGUUCAUGUAGUGAGUCGUCAUGCUUAUACGCCGAAGCCAUCAAUACCGCCAGACCUAUUCCAGUAUCUCAACAAUACAACAAAAGACAAACCAAAUGAAAGAACAUAAUUAAUGUUAUUUUUUUUUACUUUCUUCGGCAACAGCCUAAAAAACGUAACGAAUAUUAAAUGAUCUCGGUCACAAUAAUACCAAAUCCUUCUAGAUAUCAUUAUAUUCAAUUGACCCAAUUAGAAAUAAUGUUCCAGAAUAUGCAAGCAACAUUACGCCUACGCCUAAUAAUCUUUUCCGAUUUGCUGAUUUAAUUUCGAAUCUAAAUGUAGAUUGAGAAUGAAAUAUUAUCUAUCGUCUUUAAAUAAAGGGUACAAAAAACA